AUGCCUAGAGUGGUCUAUCAUUCAGUAGGUCUCGGAAGCAACGUCAAUAGGCUGUGGCUCGAUAAAUUUGUGAACAGUAAUAGUAAAAUAAUACGUCGCUUAGGGUACGGGUUGCUGGUGACACUUUCGCUUUACAUAUUAACACCAACCAUCGACAGACUGAUCUUUGGGCCAACAAUGUUUUCUGGUAGCUCCAAGAGAAGUGAUAAAUAUACUACUGGUCUCAUUAAUAAUAGGAACGACUGUUUUGCGAAUUCCUCUGUGCAAGCGUUGGCAUCUUUACCAAGAUUGACUUCGUAUUUGAACGACUUUCUGAGGCAGGUGGCUGCUUUAGUGGAAGCGGACCAUGAUAAACUCGACAUCCAGCAGCGUGAGAAGUUGAAUCACAUUUUAGACCACGAUGUCCUGACUCCUAAAGUAGAGGCCGGUAAUCCCAUAGAUGCGCAAGGUAGCCUUGACAGAGUUGUCAGUUCUGAAGCAGCCAUCUCGAGAAUUAAAUCGUCCAAUUCAAUUAGUACACUGCAGGAUGAACCAAGGCCAGGGGACCAUACACCUGCGCUUUCGACGGCACAGCACUCUCUGGCGGACAAUGAGAAAGAAAAUGAUGGAGCUGACAGUAGCAAGAUGCCAAGAAUCCUCAUGCAUCAAGGGUUGGCUAAGAUCCUGUCGCAACUCCAGGAGACCAUUUCUUCUUCGAGACACAUUUCUGUCUGGCCGCUGCUGCAUAUUCUCGAGAUAAUAUUCAACGCCAAGAUCUCUACAGGGCAGAACGAUGCCCAUGAAUUGACCCAAAUCAUCCUCGAGACUUUGCAAAAGGAGAAUUUGAAGGUGAGGAAAUAUGUCAAGGCGAACAAGUUCGACGUUGAAUUGCCAGAGCUGCCGUUCGGAGGAGAGCUUGCCGACCAUCUGGUGUGUCUCAGGUGUACGAACUCCUCGAAAGUGAACGUUCAUCCAUUCAUCAUAUACCCGCUUACCGUUCCGCAGACAAUGUCGGCCCGGCUCUCUGACAUGGUCUCGGAUAAUCAAACGGACACCAUAGAGGGUUAUUCAUGUCUCACAUGCAAAGUCUCGGCGAUUAUUAGCAACGAGAAGGCCCGCGGUUACGAGAACACCUCAGCUGAGGAAAGAAAAAUCAUAGAGACUCUACAGAAGGCCCUGCCUGAUCUCUCAAUCAACGACGAGCUCUCCCACGACCUUACGUCGUAUAUUAACUCCUACAACAAGGACGGUGUGGUUCCGGCCAGCUUGAAAUCCACUAUAGUCAAAAAGACUGUGGUUGUGAGGUCACCCAGUAUCCUUGUCAUGCAUCUAUCGCGCUCGAUGUUCGAUGGGAUGAGUUACGCCAGGAACUCGUGUGGAGUAGCGUUCGAAGAGACUUUGGAAUCUCGGGAGCAGGUAAUCCGCAAUAACAAAUGUGUCGGUAUUAACCCAAUCUCUUACAGACUGAGUGCCAUCGUUAAGCACACAGGUUCACACUCCCAGGGCCAUUACGAAUGCUAUAGGCACAAGCCGGACUUUGUCAAGGACGUGACCACCAAAGCGGUGAUCAAUAGGUCUCCCGUGAUAGACACUACGUUGAUAAACGCCGACCACGACAAGAACGCAAACGGAGCACAAGGACGAAACGGCCCUUCGCCGCAGGAUUUCCUCACCAACACUGACUUUUCCCUGAACAGCUCAGCUUUGUCCUCCAGCGACAACAGCGAAGCCAGCACCGACGAUUACAUUAUAGAAGGCGCCGACAGCGCCAGGCCCAGCAGGAAGCCCUCCGCUCUGCAGAAAAUUACGGGAUAUCUCUCCAGAAGGGGCUCUGUCAGCACAGACACCGAGCAACCGACGGCCGCCUCUCGAAGCCGUGCUGCAAGUAUCGCUACAAGCGACUACAGUCGCAGCAGAGGAGGCAGCAUUGCCUCUGCCCAGAUGGAAAGAACAGUCUCCACGGACUCUCAGUCCUCCUUUUUCAAUUCCUCCGAGUCUAACGUCGGCAAUACAAGUGCCAGCGACGCCGACGCCCUUCCGGGCGACAAGCGACUGUUCAAGAAGAUAAAGAGCGUCGCCAGCUACCCUUACUGGCACGUAUCAGAUGCCAAGGUGAAGGAGGCCAAGACAGAUCAGGUACUAGGAGAGCUCAGAUACGUCUACAUGUUAUACUACGAGCUCAUCUUGUAA